AUAGUGCUCUCAUUGGCUACGAGACAUCUUUCUCCCGGAGCGGGCCUUUUGGAGGAGACCGGAAGUGGAAUCACUAAGCGAUGAUCUUGAUCAUUGGGAACACUUCAGGGUGAAACUUCUGUAUGAAACUACUUCAGGAAACCUAUAAAGGUCACCAGAAAUGGAGAAAAAAGUAAGCAGGAUCUGUCUUGCUUCUGAACCUGAUAUAAUUCAUUUUCUACAAGUCACUUGGGAGAAAAAUCUAGGAUCUGGUUUUGUUAUUACACUCACUGAUGGUCAGUCAGUAUGGACUGGGACAGUUGUUGAAUCAGAGAUUUCCCAAGAAGCUGAUGACAUGGCAAUGGAAAAAGAGAAAUAUGUUGAUGAACUGAGAAAAGCAUUGGUGUCAGGUGCAGGCCCAGCCGACAAAUACAAGUUUAAUUUUUCUAAGGAGUCUUGUCACUUCUCCUUUGAGAAAAACCUGAAGGAUGUUUCAUUCAGACUUGGUUCCUUCAACCUAGAGAAAGUUGCAAACCCAGCUGAGGUUAUUAGAAAACUUAUUUGUGACUGCCUGGACAACAUCACAGAAAACCAAGCCAAAAAUGAGCACCUGCAGAAAGAAAAUGAAAGACUUCUGAGAGAUUGGAAUGAUGUUCAAGUUCGGUGUGUUCACAAUGAAUUUGAAAAGUGUGUGAGAGCUAAAGAAGAUUUGGAGACUGAUCUUUAUAAACGGUUUAUUCUGGUGCUGAACGAGAAGAAAGCAAAGAUAAGAAACUUACAUAAAUUGUUAAAUGAAGCUCAAGAACCAGAAAAGAACAUUGAUCAUGAAAGGGAAACUGCAACAUAUUCUGAAGUAACUACUGACAGAGAUGCAAUCUAUGAUGAAAGUACUGAUGAGGAAAAUGAAAAUCUGCCUGAUCCCUCUGUGUUAGUUCCAGCUACUUUAAGAAGAGAUGAUUCUAUUUUUUCAAGUCCUGAUGUCACUGAUAUUGCACCAAGUAGAAAGAGGAGGCAGCGGAUGCAAAAAAAUUUUGGGACAGAACCAAAAAUGGCUUCUCAGGAACAUCAACUUCAAGAAAAGGAAAAGGUUGAUCCUCCACUACCUGAAACAUUGAAAAUGCACAGCUCAGCUGAAAACAUGUCUUUGGAAACUCUAAGAAACACCAGUACAGAAGACCUCUUUGAUGAGAUUUAACUGUCUUGAAAAUAUACUUUGAUGUUCACUGGACUGUGUUUUCUAUUCUUUCUUUAAACUGAAAAAGCAAAUGUUCAAGUCAGCAGCAGCUAUUACUGCACCUUACAAUUUAAUUACAUAUACACUGAGUUGAAACCAUUGUGUAAAAUGGAUUACAUAUGUAUAUGAAGAUAGGAUUUGAUGACAGUGGUACAUUAUUCUAAACUAUUCAUUCAGCCUGCCUAUAAUUACAUAAAAUCUCAGACUUUUUGUUGCAAAGGACACAUCUUAAUCAGUUCACACAUAUUAUAGGUGGUAGUUGUCUAACAUCCUGUCUGGGAAGAUUUUGGAAAUAGGACAAAGAAAAUGUUCUUUUUUAGUCAUAUUCUGAACAAUGAAUGAGGUUUAAGCAGUUUAAUUGGGGGAAUGGUAUAUAAAAUCUAUUUCUAGUUUGUACACAAACAUCCUGAAAAUCUGAUCAUAAAAUUUUGAUGCUUUAAGUGAAGAGUUUGUGUGCUUAUUAAAAUGUAUUUAUUUUUUCUUUUUCCUUUUUCCUUUGCUAUAGUAACAGGUCUUUGCAAAGUAUUUAUUAUUGUAAACAUAGUGCCCUUUGUGUCAAAAGGCAUAUUUUUCAGAAUUAUCAAUAAAAUGUUUAUCUUACAUAUACAAAUGCCCUUCUUGAAGAUGAGGGCCUUGUCAUAUUUGCUUAGAUAUCAUUAAUAACAUGUGGCACCGUUUUUCUUAAUAUUCACCAUUUCUACUUCCUAACCUCUAACACUUCUCUCCAGUUAAACAUCCAUUUCCUCCAUGCUGCUCAGAGUUAACAAUGACCACCAUGUUUCAAAGGCCAAUCAUUACUCCAUUCCCAGUCCUCAUUUUUCUAAGCCUCUCAGCAACUUUUGUCAGUCACUUCUUAGUAAACAUUUUCUUCA